AUGCGCUGGCAGUUAAAUAUAAAAAUAAAAGAUUUGUCAUAUAGGGAAAACAAUCUUCUGCGAAACGAGAAGUGGGGGGUAUUUCAAAAUAUCACAAAAUUCAUUACAGUCGUGGAUGGUUGCAAGAGUAGCGAUGACGUUGUCAAGUGUGAGUCCUGCUUGACUACUAUAAAUUACACCUUGAAAUCCUCAGCAGAUUUGUUAUUAUUCAUCGACAGCAAGCGAAAAGUCCCUUAUAGAGAAGACCAUAAACCAUACUCCAAAACCCUUUGCAAGCCACGAGCUGAAAUAUUUUCAGGAAGCUAA